AUGCUAAACGCGGACCCGUUGGAUGCUGCACCUGGUGCUGUAUCUCAUCUUUCUUUCUUAUUGACUUUUUAUCUCGUGCCGUGUGCUGUCCGCUCACUGCUCCUCCUGCCCCUUCCCUGUGUUUUGUCUUUGUGUUUGGUGAAGAUCCUGCUGAGAGUGCACGAAAGGAAUUUAAGAACGCAAAACAUGUCUGACGCUGCCGUUCCGCCCAAGAAGGCCUCGCCGAAGAAGGCCGCGCCGAAGAAGGCAGUGGCUAAGAGGACUGCCGCCAAGAAGACUGCUAGGAAACCAGCCGUGAAGAAGCCUGCUGCGAAGAAGAGGGCCGCCCCCAAGAAGAAGCCUGCAGCAGCCAAGAAGGCUGUUACCAAGAGUGCCAAGAAGCAUGCGGCAAAGAAGGCACCCAAGAAAGCCGUGAAGAAGGCGCCGAAGAAGUAG